CUUUUAGCCGAACAAGAGAGAAGAAAUGAUUGAAGAGUACUAAGGUCAAGUCUUGCUAGGAAAAAAACUUUUGGGAAUCGUUCAGACCAUGGGAAGACAAUUAUCAUCAUUUUUAUCAAGGGUAUGCAUGACGGUGUUAGGACGACCUCACCACGUUGGCCAUAUGUGUGGCUAUGAGGGGGUUUCAGUUGGCCCUUCGGUUACAUCACCUCUCCCCCUCGAGGGUAUCGGCCGUGAGACAUUAUCGAUUGAGAGUUCUCCUUGUACACCUUCCCCAACCGUGGAGGAUGAGCGGUUGUGGUUACUUACUCAUAUCUCUAGCUCUAGUAAAAAGUCUAUCGAAGAGGAACAAAUAGUUGGCUUGACAACAAUAGAAGAUUCCCUCGCCAAACCUUUUUCGGCAUACAUCGAUAAGAUGGUGCGUACUGAUUCAACCAUCUGUCUCAUGUUGAAUAAGCGUUUUUCCGUUUGGAAGAAUUGUUUAACCCUUUCUUUCUUUUAUAAUUUUAACUUAAUCAUAAUUUCUCAUUAGUGAUAUUUAUAUCAUACUUAAUUUAAUCAUAAAUGACAUAAAAUUACUUAAAUAGCCUUGUGAGGCAUGUGGAUAUUACAAGGUUUUAUUUUGUAACUCAUAUAAUUUCAUUUGA